GUGUCAAACGUAUUUUGUCGUCUGCAACGAUUUUCGCUGGUUAGGAUUCCUAUUGAUUGUCAAUAAUUUAUACUUUCUACCAUUAUAACUGAUAAUUAGCAACAUUAUACGUAAAAUGGCUUCCAAUGUUGAAGAAUUUGUUCAACUUGAACCAACAGUUAAGAAUGUAGUAGAACAAACUAGUUUGCGAUGGAUCUUUGUCGGUGGUAAAGGUGGAGUAGGUAAAACAACCUGCAGUUGUAGCCUUGCCGUACAGCUUGCACUCGUUCGUGAAACUGUGCUUAUUAUUUCGACUGAUCCAGCCCACAAUAUAUCAGAUGCUUUUGAUCAGAAAUUCAGCAAAGUCCCCAACAAAGUGAAAGGAUUUGAAAAUUUAUUUGCAAUGGAAAUUGACCCAAAUGUGGGAUUUAAUGAAUUACCAGAUGACUAUUUCGAAGGAGAAAGCAACUUCUGGCGAGCUAAUCGUGGCUUGAUGCAGGAAAUAUUUGGAGCAUUUCCUGGUAUUGAUGAAGCAAUGAGCUAUGUUGAAGUAAUGAAGCUAGUACAAGGAAUGAACUUUUCUGUAGUAGUCUUUGACACAGCACCAACUGGACACACUUUGCGUUUGCUUGCAUUUCCUUCUGUUGUUGAAAAAGGAUUGAGUAAAUUGUUGCGCCUUAAAUCCCAGAUAGGCCCAUUUAUUAAUCAGAUAUCAGGCCUUAUUGGCAUGAGCAGUAUCAAUACAGACAUAUUUUCUAAUCGUUUAGAGGAAAUGCUCCCAAUUAUCCAGCAGAUUAAUGAACAAUUCAAAGAUCCGAACCGAACUACUUUCGUCUGCGUUUGUAUUGCUGAGUUCCUAUCGCUAUACGAAACCGAAAGACUAGUACAAGAACUGUCAAAAUCCAACAUCGACACACAUAACAUAAUCGUUAAUCAACUAUUGCUAGACGCUCCUAAACAUCAAGCGGAGAAACGUGUGGAACUAUGUGCAGCUCGCAAGAAACUUCAAGCUAAAUAUCUCGAUCAGAUCGCCGAUUUGUACGAAGACUUCCACGUGACACGUUUACCCUUGCUAGAUCGGGAAGUUCGUGGUGUUGAGCAAGUCAAGAACUUUUCAGAAAAUCUGCUGAAGCCUUAUUCAUCGAAAUAAAGAUGUUUUCAUUUGUUCA